AUGGAUUCUCCGACGAGCCCCACCCAAAACUCUAGCUCCGUCCACGCCGAUUCGAUAAUCUCAUCCCUCCUUUCGUUUCCAGAUUCCUCUCCGCUCUCCAUUGCCUCUUCCUUCCAUCGAGAGCUCGAACAAGCUCUCGCCUCUGCUUCAGAUGACGCCUCUGUUCAGGAACGUCUCGUGGAUCGAACACUCCAGCUCGUAUCUCUUCUUCUAGAAUCCACUAAACGGUCCUUCCGCAAGCGAGCUACCGCUCACAACUCCAGUGCCUGGUUCCUCCCUCCCGAACUCACCGUCAAGGUGUUUUCGAUGGUUGAUACAAAGUCUCUAAUGCGCGCGGCUGCUUGCUGCACCAUGUUCAACACAUGUGCUAUGGACCGUUUUGCAUACGCUCACGUCGACUUGACUACCGCUACUAGCCAAGUUGACAGUAAGGUUGUGUGUAACUUGAUCCAUAGGGCUGGAAAAGAACUCAGAUCACUCAAGCUUGGCAGUCUUGCUCGCACAUAUCCGUCUGAUUGUAAUCCAUCUUUGGUUAACGGACCUUUUCUUUCCACACUAUCCCGUAAUCCUGAUUUUAUUGGGAAUCGCUUGAAAAGCCUAGGGCUUUACAAUAUCAGGUCGAUGAAUUCCUCAUUCGAGGUGUUGUCAGUUUGUUCGAAUCUCACUGAUCUGAGGAUUGUUGGAUUGUGA